AUGGACGACCUCCAUGACCUUUUGUUCAUCUUUGACGGCCUGGAUGAAAGCAGACUUUCAUUGGAUUUCACCAACUGGAAGCUGCUGUCUGAUGUCACACAGAAGUCAUCAGUCAGCCAGCUGCUGACAAACCUCAUCCAGGGGAAUCUGCUUCCCUCGGCUCUCGUCUGGAUAACUUCCCGACCUGCAGCGGCCAAUCAGAUCCCUCCUACAUGUGUUGACAGGCUAACAGAAGUACGAGGCUUCACUGACGCCCAGAAGGAGGAGUACUUCAGGAGGAGAUUCAGUGAUGAAGAGCUGUCCAGCAGAAUCAUCUCCCACAUGAAGACAUCCAGGAGCCUCCACAUCAUGUGUAGUAUCCCAGUCUUCUGCUGGAUCACUGCUACAGUUCUGGAGCACAUGUUGACUACAGAGCAGAGAGGAGAGCUGCCCAAGACCCUGACUGACAUGUACUCACACUUCCUGCUGGUUCAGACAAAGAGGAAGAAGAACAAGUACCAUGAGGGACAUGAGACGAGUCCACAGGAGCUGACGGAGGCUGACAGGGAAGUUCUUCUGAAGCUGGGGAGGCUGGCGUUUGAACAUCUGGAGAAAGGAAACAUCAUGUUCUACCAAGAAGACCUGGAGCAGUGUGGUCUGGAUGUGACAGAGGCCUCGGUGUACUCAGGAGUUUGUACAGAGAUCUUCAAAAGAGAGUGUGUGAUCUUCCAGAAACCAGUCUACUGCUUUGUUCAUCUGAGCAUUCAGGAGUUUCUGGCUGCUGUCUACAUGUUCCACUGUUUCACCAACAGGAAGACAAAGGUGCUGGAAGGCUUCCUGGGGAUAGACUGGUAUGAUGAUGAUGAUGAUGAUGAUGAUGAUGCAGGCAGCUCUUUUCUGGAUGAUUUCCUUGAGAUAGUCAUGCAGCAAUCCCUCCAGAGUAAAAAUGGCCACCUGGACCUGUUUGUUUGCUUCCUUCAUGGCCUCUGUCUGGAGUCCAACCAGAGACUCUUAGGAGGUCUGCUGGGUCAGACAGAGAUCAGUCCAGAAACCAUCCAGAGAGUCAUCAACAACCUGAAGAAGAUGAACAGUGAUGAAAUCUCUCCUGACAGAAGCAUCAACAUCUUCCACUGUCUGAUGGAGAUGAACCACCUCUCAUUAUUUCAGGAGAUCCAAAAGUUCCUGAUUUCAAAGAACAGAUCAGAGAAGAAACUCUCUGAGAUCCAGUGCUCAGCUCUGGCCUUCAUGCUGCAGAUGUCAGAGGAGGUUCUGGAUGAGUUGGACCUGCAGGAGUACAACACAUCAGAGCAGGGACGACAGAGACUGAUUCCAGCUGUGAGGAACUGCAGAAAGGCUCGACUAACAUAUUGUGGACUCUCAGAGACUCACUGUGAAGUUGUGGCCUCAGCUAUGAAGUCCAACCCCUCCCAUCUGACAGAGCUGGACAUGAGUUGGAACAAGCUGCAGGAUUCAGCAGUGAAGCUUCUGUGUGCUGGACUGGAGAGUCCAAACUGUCGACUGGAGACUCUGAGGUGAGUUCACUGACUGCAGCUGUUGUUGUUUUUCUAUAUUUCAGAUCCUUGACUGAUUUUUGAAAAUUUCUUUAGUUCCUAAAUGUUCAGGAUGUGUCUGAAGACAAAUGUGAAGAAG